CACCGCGAAAGAAGCGCAUCUGCACGUGUCUCUUAUAUUUGGCUGUUUGGGGGAAAGAAUGAGCAUGGUUUACAGUUAAUUAUGAAAUCAUGUUUUAUUAUUGAUGCGGGAACCACAUCUCAUGGGAGUAAUAGCUCAGUUUAGCCUCCCUCUCUCUCUCUCCCUCUCUCUCUCUCUCUCUCUCUCUCUCCUUCUCUCCUUCUCUCCCUCAUAUAUUCCUGGAGGAAAAGACCAAGGAGGAAGGAAGUUGAACUCGGGUUCGACUCCGCGGACGCAGAGAAACUCACGAGCUUUGAAGCCGAUACACGGUUCAAUGGAUCCCGUGGUCUUGGUGGCGCUCUGCGCCUGGCUGGUCCCGGCACUCGCCUCAGCAGCAGAUGUGGAAAACGGCAGUGACAGCGAUUUUCAUUACGAUUAUGAAUCUCUGAGAAUCGGUGGCCUGGUGUUUGCAGUGGUGCUGUUCCUUAUGGGGAUCGGCCUCAUCGUCACCCGAAAAUGUAGAUGUUCAUCGGGUGACGGUAACAAGUCGUAUCAAGUCACGGUCCAGCCGUCAUGAUGCAUAAUCAGUUGUUCCUAGGGCUCCGUAGACACUAAGAGCACCGGAGAUCUGGUGGCAGAAAAUGGCUUGAUCACGGCAGACGACCCCUUUCCACAAACACAAGAAGCGUCCUCAAUUUCUCAAUGCUACUAUGCUCUUUUUUUCUUAAUGUUUUUAUUAUCAAUUUAAAACCAGAACAUGUCAUAAAUGGUAGUAUUAUGGUGUGGUAAAUGUGUGCAUUCCCCGUUCUAUUUUUAUGACUUUACAAAUGAUGCAAAAUAAUAAAACGCAUGUUUGUAAAGGUUUCUUCAGCUUUUUAUGCAUCGUUAUUUUUUUUCCCCCUGCCGUUUGUGUGCCAGCAGCGGACAGCCCUCUAUUUUGCGGCACUCCUGCUUCUGCUGAUUCUGCAGACACUUCAGUUACACACGCAGUACUAACUACCAGUGAUAGUGUGAAUGAUUUAUGUGCUGCACUUGGAGAGGGCUGUCUAUGAAAACCAAAUAAAUAUUUGACACAUCUCUCUUUUCAAUGCUAUUGGAAAAUGUUCAACUCUAGUGAUAGUGGCACACCCUGCGUAACGAAAAGCUGCAUAUGCAGACUCUCCCUGGUGUUGCAGGAACGGGCUGACUGCACUGCAGAAAAGAGGACAUGGAAUAGAAAAUGGUGCAUAUUUAGAAUGCAAGCAACGUUUCAAUAAAGCAUUGUGUACUAAAAA